GGGGACGCCGCCAUCGCGCCGGGCCGGAGAGGCCACGCCCCUGCCGCUGAGGGCGGAGCCUGCUCAGACCACACCCCUCGUCCGGCGGGGCGGGGCGGGCGCUCCCCGCGGGUUUCCGGUGGCGGAGCGGAAGCGGCUGCGCGGCGGGCGGCGAUGGAGGGGUGAGUGAGGGACUGGCCGGCUUAGUGACCGCCGCCACGCAGCGCCAUGGAGACGGUGCAGCUGCGGAACCCGCGUCGGCAGCUGAAGAAGUUAGAUGAAGACAGUUUAACCAAACAACCUGAAGAAGUAUUUGACGUAUUGGAGAAGCUUGGAGAAGGUUCCUAUGGCAGUGUGUUCAAAGCCAUUCAUAAAGAAACGGGUCAAGUUGUUGCAAUUAAACAAGUUCCUGUGGAAUCUGACCUGCAAGAGAUUAUAAAGGAAAUAUCUAUAAUGCAGCAAUGUGACAGUCCUCAUGUGGUGAAAUAUUACGGCAGCUAUUUUAAGAACACAGACCUGUGGAUAGUCAUGGAAUACUGCGGCGCUGGAUCUGUGUCUGAUAUUAUUCGAUUACGAAAUAAAACUCUCACAGAGGAGGAAAUUGCUACAAUAGUGCAAUCAACCCUGAAAGGACUGGAGUACCUGCAUUUUAUGAGGAAGAUACACAGGGACAUCAAAGCUGGAAAUAUAUUGCUAAACACAGAGGGACAUGCUAAACUUGCAGAUUUUGGAGUGGCAGGACAACUUACAGACACCAUGGCAAAGCGGAACACAGUUAUAGGGACCCCGUUUUGGAUGGCUCCAGAAGUGAUUCAAGAAAUUGGGUACAAUUGUGUGGCAGACAUCUGGUCGCUGGGAAUCACUGCAAUAGAAAUGGCUGAAGGCAAACCACCAUAUGCAGAUAUUCAUCCUAUGAGGGCAAUUUUCAUGAUUCCUACCAACCCACCUCCAACAUUCCGGAAACCAGAGCUCUGGUCAGACAACUUCACAGACUUUGUAAAACAGUGUCUCGUGAAGAGCCCGGAGCAGCGUGCCACUGCCACACAGCUUCUGCAGCAUCCGUUUGUUAAAAGUGCCAAGGGAGUGUCAAUUCUGCGAGACUUGAUUAACGAAGCAAUGGACAUCAAGCUGAAACGUCAAGAGGCACAACAGCGUGAACUAGAUCAAGAUGAUGAAGAAAAUUCAAACCCCCCUUAUAGAAACUUUCUACUACACAAGAGCAACCGACAGAAACCUGAGGAAGAAGAUGAAAGCGAUUCAGGCACCAUGGUGAGGGCGAGCGGAGAUGAAACUGGUACCAUAAGAGCUGUCAACACGAUGAGUGAUGGAGCCAACACGAUGAUAGAACACGAUGGCACCUUGGAAUCCCAGCUGGGUACAAUGGUCAUCAACACAGAAGAGGAAGAGGAGGAGGGCACCAUGAAAAGGAGGGAUGAAACGAUGCAGCCGGCCAAACCGUCAUUCCUUGAGUAUUUUGAGCAGAAGGAGAAGGAGAAUCAAAUCAAUAGUUUUGGGAAGAAUGUGUCUGGCCAGACAAAAAAUUCAUCUGAUUGGAAAGUACCACAGGAUGGAGACUACGAAUUUCUAAAGACUUGGAGUGUGGACGAGCUGCAGAGGAGGCUCUCGGCCCUGGACCCCAUGAUGGAGCAGGAGAUUGAAGAAAUCCGCCAGAAGUACCAGUCCAAGCGGCAGCCGAUCCUCGAUGCCAUCGAAGCCAAGAAGCGCCGGCAGCAGAACUUCUGAGCCACCAGCAGAAUAUUCUUCCAUCCUCAAACAAUCAGUUCCUUGCUUUUAUGACUACUAAACAGAUUGAUUUCUAUUGAAAUAUGCUAGCAAAAUAGAGGGCAAUACUUCUGCUCAUUUAUUUUUCCACAGGACCUUUGUGAACUCAGGAAUGCCAUUAAGUGGAAAAUCCUGAUGGUAUGUUUUAAUGUUAGACAUAUAUUUAAAACAUUAUUCCGAAGGAGUUUUGUUACUGUUUUUAAGGGCAUUGUUUUUAAAUCAGAGGAACAGGUAGAAAUAGACUGGUGAAAGCUGGCUUACUCUCCUUUCAACUGAACUUUCAGUAGUCCCAUUUUGUUGUAAGUUAAUAUGGAUUGUGGUAUUUAACGGCUGCAUCUUUUAUGUGUUUUGUUUUUCUUUGUGAAUGCACAGACUCAAUUUGAAGCUGGUAACUGUUUCUUUCUACUGUUACGGUACUGAUGAGUUUUAGGUCACUGAAGAUAGCAGGUAAGAACAUGUACAAACCGUUCCAGCCUUUUGAAAGAAACUUAAAUCUCAUCUUUUAAAAAGCCUGUAAUAAGCCCCAUGCCUUACACUGUGUGCUUUAAGCAAAUGUGGUUUCUUCAAAACCUCAGUUUUGUCCUCUUUUUGUGUUCUUUGCGAAUGAAUACGAGUAGAUAAAGCAUGUUGUGCCUCCAUCAGAAAUUACAUUCUGCAACUUAAAAUCCACACUGACUUAAAACCAAAAGCCGACCAAUGGUCUGUUUGCCCUUUGUCCAUCUGUUUGGGAAUCUCCUUCAGGGAGAACCUGCUGACGAUGGAGUGCUGGGAGAAGGCAGCAGGAUCUGAAUGGGUGGAAGUUGUGUGAACCUCUCUCAGGAAUUAGGUACUUCUGCUGCAUGUGAAAGGACUUAAAAUAACCUCCGCAGUUUGUGAAAUAUUUUAUAGGCUUCAUUUCAGAUCUUUGGAUGCUUGAAUAAAACUUAAUUUCACAAUCCUUCACAUUUCUGCAAGGAUUGGCACAUCAGAAAAGUUGAACUGAAAGUAAAGUCUUUGAUGAAUUAGCACAGAUGUGCACUUAUGGUGGUGAAGCAAAGGUGGAAUUGAUGUGGAUGAGAAGACAAUUACCGAUGUCCUACUGGAAGAGAUUCAGUCUCUCCCGGUUCCUCUGGAUGCUCUUGUGUUCUUCCUUUACAUUCCCCUGCCAUUCCUGCCCUGCAGAGCUCAAUCGAGGCAAAUGCCCCAGUGUGUACAAUCGCUGUGAGGACGGUGCAAUGAACUCACACCGGUGGGGUGGAGAGUCAAACAGAAGAAGCAAAGAGCCCAGUUGUGGGGCAGAGACCAAGUGUUGCCUCUGCCCCACGGGCUGGGACAGCAGAGUUACGUAGUUUUAGUUAUAUCUAGCGUAUGAUGAAAGCUUUGGAUAGAGCACGUGUUUCUGCCCAUUUGUUUUUAUUUUACUCUGAUACAGGGAACAGUUUUCCAUGUCAUUCUUCUGAAAUAGGCCUUGGUGCAUCACCUCCAUGAUUAAACUGAAUAGCAGUGUCUCCUGAAUCGAAUGCUGGUAGAGAGGUGAAGUGUUCAUUUCACACCUCCGUAGGCUGUGAUUUCCCCUUGGAGCUGACCCUUGGCCACUGUUAACAGGUGAACUCCAUUGCUGGGAAAGGAACCAAGCCAUCCCUACCCCCUCUGCAGAUCUGGUUGCAUCGGUUUGUCUGGGUUCGAUACCAGUGCAUGUGGGACAUCAGCAAACCAGCUGUCCCGCUGGGAAAAGGGAGGCAGCGGCAGUGUAUUAGUGUGUGGAAGUCAGAGCACAGCCCAGGAUAACCAGCCAUUUGACAGCCUCACGUGUUGGGAAGGUCUUGAAUUAGAAAAAACAAGUAAUUAAAAGUUUUGUCGUUGUUAAUGGCUUAAAAUCCCUUAGUCUGGAUUCUAAUGAGGUCUAGAGAAGUGUUGUGUGAACAUCGGGGCUUGUCUGAAAUCUGUGCAAUACGUUUUGCUCUAAACAUGCUUUUAUUGUGGGCGAUGUUGGUGAGCGUCCUUUGCAUCAAAGAGACUCCCACAGCUCAGGAGGCGGUUCUGUGGUCGAGUGCUGGAUCCUGUAGUGAUCCCUGGGCUGGAUCUGGCCCGACACCUGGUGUGACAGACGUGGCUGUGACAUGGCAAACACUGCGCUGCUCGUGGGUUGUGGAGUGAGCAGAUCCUGCCGGGAGUAGUUUUACCUCUGCACUGUGUAGGUGACUUUCUAGUGAUCGGAGGGCAUUAGAAAACCCAUGUUUAAAGUGAAACACCCCAGGGUGGUGUCUAUUUACAGAAUAUGCAACCUGUAACUGCUGUAAGUGAAUGUAAGCACUCUUGAAAUACUCUGCUUUGCUGAUGUGAUUGUCUUAAAAUACAGCAAGUGAACCAAAAUAAGUAAAACUGGUCCAAUGGCUUAACUGUCUCUGAACAUUUCUUAAAUGCUUGCAGUGGCUGAGACUUAAUUAUGUUUCUUGCACUUGGAGCGCUAAUGCAGAGGAAUUAUUUUCUCCUUCACUGGUUUUCAAUCUGUUAGGGAAAAUAAUUCCUUGUUCGGUUCCUGUGUAGAGCUGGGAGCACAGUACCUGCUCAUGUGCCAUAGAGGAAAGCUGUUUGACCAAGUUUUUAAGCAAAAAGCUUGCUUAACCGUGAAGCUGCAUUUGUGUGCUCCUCAGGUCCACCCGCAUUGCUGAGAGUGUUCUGGACAAACCCUUGUCUGUUCUGCUGAAACUCAGAGAUCCUGAUGACGUCAGUCAUGGUGAGACUUAAAAAUGUGAAGUUUGUAGCUUUAACUUUUUUGUAACAAAGGAAUUAGCAACACUGGCAUAAAGUGCUGACUUGAAAUGCUAUUUUGUAAGAUCUGGCUGUUUGUAUAUAAUAGCAUUGGGUCAUUAGUUUGUAUAUGUAUGAAAUAGUAACUUUUAUUGCAUUCCUCUGAGUUUGAUACAGGAGAUUUUGUUUGAUCUAUCUCAAUUAUCUUGCCUUACUUGUUCAAAGGGGCAAAUAAACUGUCCUUACGUGAAA